GCCAGAGCGGGUGCUCCGGGCCGGCGCCUCUCGCCCGCUGCCUCCCGCGGGCCCCGGGCACCCUGCGCCCCGGGGAAGCGGCUCAGCGCCACCGGGAAGGGCGGGGACGGGGCGGCGCAGGGACCAUUGGCGGGGCUGAAGGAGGACUCGCGCGGCCGGCUCGCGGAGGAUCCGAGGACACUUUCCCCGCCCUCUGCCUGGGCAGCCCGACCGGGACCACGGGCUUGGAGGCGGCCGCCUUUCCCGGCCCGCGCGCGGCCAAGCGGAGCCUGGAGCCCCGUGCAAGCGCGCCGCGCCCCGGUCCCCCAGAUCAGCUGCCCCGGAGGCCCUAGCAGCGCGCAAACUUUUGCUCCAGCGCCCGGAGCUCUGUCCUCUGCAAGUGAAGCCCCCGAGCGCGCGCGCAGCCGCCAGGUUAGCUCACCAGUGGGCGCCGCGGGCAGAGAUGCUACUCCGGGACCUGGUGCUGCGCCAUGGCUGCUGCUGGCCCUCACUUCUGCUGCACUGUGCGCUGCACCCACUCUGGGGUUUAGUUCAGGUGACUCAUGCUGAGCCCCAGAAGUCUUGCUCUAAGGUGACUGACAGCUGCCAACACAUCUGCCAGUGCCGGCCCCCACCCCCUCUUCCCCCUCCACCCCCACCUCCGCCACCUCCUAGACUACUCUUUGCCCCAGCUCCCAACUCUACCUCCUGCCCUGCGGAGGAUAGCUGGUGGUCUGGUCUGGUGAUCGUCGUCGCGGUGGUCUGUGCCUCCCUGGUGUUUCUGACUGUCCUGGUCAUCAUUUGCUACAAAGCCAUAAAGAGGAAACCACUGAGAAAAGAUGAAAAUGGCACCAGUGUUGCUGAGUACCCCAUGAGCUCCUCACAGAGCAACAAAGGGGUCGAUGUGAACGCUGCGGUGGUGUGAACCUGCAGGCCUGGGACCCACUGGCCAGAAGGGCACCGUGGUGACACUGGUGGACAUGGAUGACAGGUGGACAUGAGCUGACCAUGGGCCUGUCCAGGACUUCGUGCUUCGCAGGCCUUGAGCCUCCUGAAAGAGAAAGCAUGCUCUUCCCAGGCUAGCCCUGGUCACCCCAAGGGGUACAGCACUGACACCAGGCUUGAGCCAGGCCCCCCUGCAUGUGGCCCCCCGAGCAGCACCACCACCCAGGGAUCUCCAUACUCUCCUCCUUGUCUCGUGUUGGGCGCACCGACUGUCACCAGUUGCUACUGAAAGCAUGUAUUGCAAUGAGAGCAGAGGGUCUGUCUGUCUGCCUGGGGCUGAGAGAUAUCCCACUUUAGUCAGAAGAAAGGUGAUCCAGGGACCGCUCCCAUUCUGGAAGCUUCCUCUCCUGCAGGAAACCUACCUGCUCCUCUGUGGACAUUCUUACAAAAGCCAUCACACAGCCAUGAGACAAAUGUCCCCUUCCAAAGGUGCUUCCCACACAUCUGUCCAUCGCUGUAUCUGCCAUGGUCUUCCAUCUCCAGUGCCCGUGCCCUUUGCCCCCACGGCCUAGCCUGUGACUCACGGACUAGCCUGUGACUCCUUACUGCAUGGCUGCCUCGGGAAGUAGUGAGCUCAGUCUACGUAGUCCCCAGGGAGUGAACUCAGUGUCUCCCAGAUGCCUGGGCAGAGGGUGUCUCAAGAAAGUCAUAGGUUCCCUUUGUCCACUCUGACACCCCGCCCCUGGCUCUUCAGGAAGUACCAGUGUGAGCCAGACUCUGCCUCACUGGACAGAGAUCACAACUUGUGCCAAACCCAUACGGGCCCUCCAUGCCAGGCUGAGAUGCUGGUCCAGUGCUCUGUGACCCACUUACCCCCAACAGUCCCCUGAAGCCUAAAUUUGGUACUCAGAAAGUGCCCAGGAGAAAGCGGCCUUCUGCGUGUCCCUGAAGUGGCUUUCUCUGUGGGCCAGAACUCGUAAGGCACCAGAGCCUCCUGAGUGUGGGUAGAAGAGAAAGCGCAGAAGCGUUGUCUAGCCUUGAUAACCCCCCACCCACAGGCUUGUUUCCCUGGAGGCCACCCACACAGUGAGGCACAACCCUUGACCCUUGUGAUUUUGUAUCCCUUGCCCCACCCCCACUCCCCUCAGGAGCCACAUGUACUUGCCUAGAAGGAAGAAGCCUGCUGGAGAGUAACCCCCACAGUGUAGACAUUUAGCUGGGUACAUUAGCCUCCUCCUCAGCCCCCAGAAAUCUCCUGUGGGUGUUUGUGCUACAUGAGAAUUUCAAAGCCAAACUGACAGACACGAAAAUCAGUCCCAUGUGGCUGGGUGCCCGAAGCUGCCACUGCUCUGCUCCCCAGUCAGUAGGUACAGGAUAAGGGACUGUCCAGGGCACGGCAUGCCUCCUGCAAGUGACAUUGGCCCUCCUUUGCUUGAGGACACGGUUUUGAGUUAGUUGUGAAUUUCCCCUGUACAGCAUGCCUUGUGCUCUGACACGGGGUUGCCGAGAUCCUUCGCUGGGGUGGCCCUACCUCAGCCAGGGGAACAUCGGGCUGUUCUCUUUGGAUGUGAUUCCGAGUGACAAAGAAGCCAGAGGAGGUAGAUCAGGGACAGGCAAGACAAGGGUGAGAAGCCUGGCAGGCUCCACCCUAGUGCCUUGUCUCUCACACCAUCGCCACCUUGAUCUAAACUGAAAUGAGGGACAGUCUCCUGGUGCCUGGGCCCACAGUAGACGCUGGACAGAGACAAGGCCUGGCCCUAGUUAUAAAACAUAGACAUCUGGGAGCCUCACAGAGAGAGUAACACCCUCCCACUCCCACCUCCAGUUAUCAAGACCCAGGAGUGAGAGACACCCCCGGCUGGAGAGGGGGCUCCCUACUAGGGGGCCUGGGGGCUGGGCAGAGCCUGAGGAUCUUCAUGUACCUACGUCCAGACCUUGGCUUAAAACUAGUGUGUGUGUGUGCGAUUAGCCAGCAGGGACCACGGCUGAGGUUGUCCUGUGCUUGGCUUUGUACACGUAAGUUAUCUUUAGUGGGUUGUGUUACCCCACCCCACAGUUAGGGGAAACCAAGGGAAGGGCCUAGGUGUUAAAAGGGUUCCCCUGAGAACAGCCUCUCAAGCCCACGCCUGGCCACUUAGAGCACACAUCUCACAUCACAGGAGAAGGAAGGCACUGGGUUUUAAGCCCGCAUGGCUGUAACGUACAUAAAAGCAAGAGCGUGGACGUAGACCUUCAUUUCAAAGGGCCCUGCGUCCUCUCCACUAAGACCUGGUCUCAGUGCAGCCUGAAGGCAGAGGUGUGAAGAAAUGCCCGUGUCCACAUGUUUCCGCCAAUGUUCCUCACUGUGGUUAAAUUGUACCAGAACUCAGCAGCAUUUAGGACCGCCCGGUUACCAGGUGUCUCUACAAGCCUUCUAGAGGACAUUUUGGACAAAAGAACAGUAGAUGUCAAAAAUAGGCAUAUUAUAUAUAUAUAGUUAUAUAUAUUUAAAGAGAUAUCUAUCUAUACAAAUAUAUAUAUAUGUAUAAAUACUGUACUCUGAUCUGUACAAAUAUAACCUAAACAGUCCAGGUGAUGUGCGACCUGCAGUGCAUGAAUGUACACACCGUGAUCUCUGCCUUCAUAGCAGUGCGUGUGUACGGGAGGCGACCGUGCCGCUGGCACUCUGCCUGGGUAAGCAGGUACACGCGACAAGACUCAUCUGCCCCUUCCUUCACGGAAGGAAUCGUUGAGAAUUUUUUUUUUACUGUCAAUAAAAAUAUACUUAUAAAGA